AAAGGCGAGCAAGCAGUACGUCUGGCUUCUGAGGCUAAUCAUAACUUCUACUUCCUCUUCAGCUGUGUCAUCAAAAGCUUCCGUCUUUCGUUAAGACUACUCAUCUAUCAUCAUUAUCACUUCUAUUCUCUUCACCAUGAAGUUCUCCCAGAUCCAGCUUGCGUCUCUUCUCGUCUGCGGUGUCAUCGCACAGACCGAGACGACGACGGCCUCUUCGGCUUCGUCGACAGACUUGCCUGGCCUACUCUCCCAGGUCCCUAACUGCAUCCUUGGCUGUCUUCCUAAAGUGGGAGAAGAAAUUGGAUGCAAGAGCACAGACUUAGAGUGCCUCUGCUCCGACAUUGGAGCUCUCGUUGCGCACAUGGCAACCUGUGUGCCUGGUAGCGGGUGUGGUAUCAAAGACGUCAGCGACGGCACUGAUCUCCUUCUACCUGUCUGUGAUGCCAUGAGCUCUUCCCCCGACUCCGCCGCUGUUGAGUCGGCCUCCAGCAUCAUUACUGCGGCUAUUGGACCGGCUACUGCUACAACGACCUCCAACCCAGCCGCCAUGAUGGGGGUUCCUAGCGAGGGUAUUCUGGCUGCACUGCUUGCGGCGCUCCUGGUUUAA